AUCUAUAUCAGACUUUCUCAGUCAGAACUAUUGACAUUAUGGGCUGGAAAUAUUGUUAUUGUGGGGAGUUGCCCAAUACUUACUAGAAUGUUUAGUAACAUCCCAAGCCUCUAUUACAUAUUAAUAGUACUCUUCUUCUAGUUGUGACAUCCAAAUGUCCAAGACAUUGACAAAUGUUCUUUGGGGAACAAAUUUUCCCCAACAGAUUACUAGGUAACUCUCUCUUUCCUUCCUUCCAUCCUCUGUCCCUAUCCUUCUAUCUCUAUCUGUGUUGUUGUUGUUGUUAGGUGUCAUCGAAUCAGUUGUGCAAGAUGGGUUUACUUUUAACUACCUAUAUUACAAAAUUUGAAGUUAUCUAAUUUAUUUAGUAUACUGGCAUUGUAUACUAAAAAUCUACCAGAUGAUACUACAUAAAACUAUUGACUAUUCUGAUGUCUUUAUCCAGGAUAGGUUUUCUGACAGACCAAGAUGGACAAACACAAUCUAACAGACCUCAGUGAAUUCAUUCUGAUGGGAAUCACAGACCGCCCAGACCUGCAGGCUCCAUUGUUCGGGCUGUUCCUCAUUAUCUACCUGAUCUCAGUGGUGGGCAACUCGGGCAUCAUCAUCCUCACCAAGAUAGACUCCAAACUACAAACACCCAUGUAUUUUUUUCUCAGACAUCUGGCUAUCACUGAUCUUUUUUACUCAACAACCGUGGGACCCAAGAUGUUAGUAAAUUUUAUUGUGGAUCUAAACACAAUUUCCUAUUGUUUUUGUGCUACACAGCUAGCUUUUUUUAUUUUGUUCAUAACUAGUGAGCUAUUUAUUCUGUCAGCAAUGUCCUAUGACCGCUAUGUGGCUAUCUGUAAGCCUCUGCUUUACACAGCCAUCAUGUCACAAAGGGUGUGCUGGAUGCUGGUGACAGUCACCUAUCUCUACAGCACAUUUGUUUCUCUUCUCAUCACCAUAAAGAUAUUUAAUUCAUCCUUCUGUGGCUACAAUGUCAUCAAUCAUUUUUACUGUGACGCUGUACCCUUUCUCUCUUUGCUCUGCUCAAACACACAUGAACUCGAAUUGAUCCUUCUUGUAGUAGCAUCUAUUGAUAUUAUUUCAUCCCUCCUGAUAGUUCUUAUUUCUUAUCUGCUCCUUCUUAUAGCUAUUCUAAGGAUGAACUCAGCUGAGGGCAGGUACAAGGCCUUCUCCACCUGUGGAUCCCAUCUGACGGUUUUGGGAUUGUUCUAUGGUCCGUCAAUCUUUAUCUACCUGCAACCCAUGGCCGGUCACUCUUCUGACACUGAUAAAGUGGCUUCCGUAUUUUACACCCUGGUUAUCCCCAUGUUGAAUCCCUUGAUUUAUAGCUUGAGGAAUAAAGAUGUAAAAUACGCCCUACUUAGGACAUGGAAAAAGAUAAGCAAUAUUUCUUCUAAAGCUUGAUGUACUAUAUGGUUCGUAUAAAUUACAUUAUGGACUUUAAACCUUGUCUGCAUGCCUCCAAUGGGAAUAGCAAGUACAAAUAUAUUCAAAAUAUAUUUCUAUAUUGCCUUCUAUGUGUCAGUUAUUCUUCUAAGUUCUGUGCUGCAUUGAUAAAAAAAGAGUAAAUACUUUCUCUUCCUUGAAGUGGAGAGAUGGAUCAUAAACAUAAUAAUUUAGUACAUUUUAUAGUACAGAAGAAUGUGUUGGAGGCCUGUGGAGCAGUGGUUGAAGUGCUUGGAUGCCAGCAGAAAGGUCAGUGAUUAGAAGCUACUGGCUACUCCAAGGGAGAAAGAUGUGGCAAUCUGCUUCCAUAAAGCUUUACAACUUUGGAAACCCUCUGAGUCAGUUCUACUCUGUCCUAUAGGGUUGAUGCCAUGAGUUGGAAUCAACUUGAUGGAUGUAGGUGUUGUUUUUUGCAAAAUGUGUUGGGAACCAUGAAAUCAGGCAAGGAGUAUGGAUAUGCUGAGUGGGAGUGGGAAAAAAGGACAAGGUACAGAGGUGGAGUCACAGGGAUUCUGGUGUUUUUUUUCAAUUAUGAGAAUAAACUUUGCAGGGUCAUAAUAUGUUUUUGUGUAUGUUUCUGUAAGUCCUUGCCUUCUCUUUUAGCCUUCAUUGCCUUCUGAGGGGAUUAUUAGCUUCAGACUGGUUUGCAAGGUGUCUCUGUGUAUGUGAUGUUUUGAAGAACUGUUUUAUCUGAAUUUCCUCAAAUGCCCCCAUUCCAAACCUUGGAGCUCCACUCUUUUCUCAUCAAUGCCUUUAAUUUCACAUUUUAACCUAUUACCUCAACAUACCUUGCAAUUGAGCAAUCCACAGGUUCAGCUCUGCAUCUGACUUUCUUUUUAUCUCUGACCAAAGGAAAAAAAAAAGUCCUGGAGUCAGUUUUGCCUCAUAACUACCAAUGCAUGUCAGAGAAUUGUGCUCCAGAGGUUUUUCAAUGGCUGCGGCUUUUCAGAAGCAGGUCAUUCUUUCUUCCAAGGUGCCUCUGAGUGGACUCUAACCCCCAAACCCUCAGUUAGUAGCUGAGAGCUUAACUGUUUGGGCCACCCAGGUGGCCUAAUUAUGUGAAUAUUGCAGCUCAAAUAUGAAAGUAAAGGAAGCAUAAACAGUAUUAAAAAAUACUGUAGCAGAAUUAUGCAGCUGCAGAUAUUCAGUGUCCAGUGUUGACGUUCUCCAAAAUCCUUAGUUAUAAGCUGGCUCUAGGCUCUUCUUACGUCCCUCUCAAAUGUAAUUUGGUAGUUAAUGUAUAUUUAACUACCUGUAUAAAUUGCUAAUCUCUUGAUGAAGAAACAAAUAAAUUUCUAUCUCACAACUCCUGUAGAGAUGUGAAAAACAAUUUUUGGAGUUCGGGAAACUUUUAAGUGCCUAGUUUUAUGAUGAUAGUAUGAUAUAUACCACAUUCUUCAAUUUCCAGUGGAAUCUCACAGAAAGGAGAUAUAAUUUUCUCAGACUAUAAAUAGCUUUGUAAAAUUAAUUUAGAUAAUAAAGAUAGUGAACUAUGAAAAAUAAUUUAGUGCUUUCCAAGGAACUCCAAAGCUGUUGAAAGGAAGUCCUCUUACCUUCCCUUACCUUACAGGAAAAGCAGUACUUACCCAAUAUAAGAACUUUUUUCCUUCGGACUUUCAUCAUUGCAACAAAAGAUUUAUAUUGCUUUUAUUUCAUUUGCUGAUGAUAGUUGAUUUCCUAAUUGUAAUAUUUACUAAUGCCCAAUUCAGUACCUCUUUAAAAAAACAAAACAAAACAUUUUUAUUGUGAUUUAGGUGAAAGUUUACAUAACAAAUUAAUUUUCCAAUCAAAGAGUCUUACAAAAAGUGUUAUCAGCACUCUUCUCAUUUCCUCCGUGACUUUUCCUGUUCCCAUUAGUCAGGUCUCCCUAUCCCUCCUCGCCUUCAUGGCCUUUUGGUCUCCAAUCGUUGAUUUUCUUCACUGAUUUUAUGGUUUAAUUUAAUAGCCCCAUCUUUUAUUGGGUUGAAAGGUGGCCACUGGGAGUUUCUAUAGUUUCACAUUAGAAGAUUGUCUUAAGACAAUAGUCUCAGGGGUUUCUCCAGCCUCUUUCAAACCAGUAAAUCUGGUCUUUUUUUU